UCGUUUUAUAUUAAACGAAUAAAAUCGUAUUUUCUUACAGUCAACCAAACAUAUUUCGAAAAAAACCUUUCGUAGCAUGUUUAAUGACAUUAUGAAUCACCUACUUUCACAGUAGAUAAUAAAUGAUAUCAAUUACUUACACUCCAUUUUUUAACUUACACAAUUAAGGAUACUCUACUAAUUGGUUACUCGCUCAAAAACGUUUAAAUAUUGUAUUCAAAAAUAAACUACAUCAUUGACAACGGAUUCUCUAAUCAUAAGAAGUGUACCUUCCUUCAUUAUUAAGUAUAUUCGUUUGUAUUUAUCCUACUAACUUUUUCAAAAUGACUAUGGUUUUCAAAUUUAUCGCACUGAGUGUAGUUUUUGGGAUGGUAUUAGCAGUACCUAGUGCUAAAAUGACGGCACCAUCAUUUGAUGAUUUAGCGUAUUCUCCCUACAGUCCCUAUGAAAUCGUCGACAUUGUCGACCCCAUCGCCGAUGAAAGGCCUGCUGCGGGCGUAGUACUAGCAAAACCUAAUCUAAUUACGUCUAUUAUCAGCAUCGUUUCGAGUGUGGCUGGUCUUAAAGCUAAAGCUCUAGCUCUCACAGUGGCAGCAAUAGGAUGGCUGAUGUCCAAGUCCUUCGUGUUUGCCAUCGGAGCCGUGGCCACCUUCGCAUUCUGCAAGUUGACUACCAAGUGCCACCUAGGUAGCCCAGCUGUGUACAAAUACGUUCCACCUCAAGUACGAAGCUUCGUCACUCCCGAGCGCUUAGAAGACGCGCAAAACUUUCUUAUGACUGCCAUGCAACAAUAUGCUGAUAAAAAAGGAAGAAGUUUAUAUUGAUGUUA